UAUGGGGGAGGGUUGUGGGAAAAAGGAUUAGGACAUGUGUGUUGCAGGGAUGGGGGAAGGGUAAUACCCGUGUAAGCACAGACAAGACGAGAAGAUGGGGAGAGCAGUGCUGGAUAAGGAGGUUUGGUUCGGCUAAUUUCCCAGGGAGAAGGAUGCGAGUGAAUUCUCCCACCCCAGUGACACAGGAAUCCUGCUAACCACUGUCUGAAUUGGGACAAUGUACUGAGACAGCCUGUCAGGGAAAGAGACAUACAGAGAGCGCCUGGGAAACCGUUACAGGGAGACGCCUGGCUGAGCAUUAUGGGAAAGCAAUGCGGACUGAGGACCAUGGCUGGGGGCAACACGAGGGGCACCUAGGGGCCACAGUGACUCACAGACACCCGGGAGGCCACACAAAGGCAGUUAUUGGCUCAGCACACGAGAGUCACAAGACUCGGGAUCUAUAAAUUGUGUCUUUUUGUCGCCUUCCAAGAUCAUGGGACAUGGAGUCCAGUGAGGGAUAAUUUUACAAAAUCAACCUCUGUAUGAGGCAACAAGAUGGUGGCACGGGGCACGGACACUCUGGAUUCAGCCAAUGAAAGUCGCCUCCUUUCUUCCGCAGCGACUCCCGGAGUUAAAGGGAGACCAAGCAAAAGGAUCACCCGGGGGCCCUUUGUAAAACUGGCGGAUUGUGCACAUUAUCACUACGAGAAUGUCAACUGUGGACCAAUUCAGCUCACCCUGUUGGAUUCACGCACUGAGGAUGCCGGUAGUACAGAAGGGGAUGUUCUCUAUAUUGUACAGGUCACAUGCCAGGGUCGUUCCUGGUCCGUGUUGCGCAGUUAUGAGGAUUUCCGGGUGUUGGACUCCAACCUUCAUCGUUGUAUCUUCGACCGCCGCUUCUCACAACUGCUUGAGCUGCCCCCCCGCACUGAGCUGCCCACCCAAGGACAGCUCCUGGCCCCUCUUCUCUCUCGCUAUCUGAAAGGCCUCACUGGAAUUGUUGACAGUAACAUCAACUGUGGCCCCAUACUGAACUGGAUGGAGAUUGAUAACCAUGGCAACCGACUGUUGGUAAAUGAAGAAGCGUCCAUCAAUGUCCCUGCCAUCGCCGCUGCCCACGUUAUCAAGCGCUACACGGCCCAGGCCCCCGAUGAGCUGUCAUUUGAGGUUGGGGAUAUUGUGUCGGUGAUUGACAUGCCCCCCAGGGAGGACACCAGCUGGUGGAGAGGAAAACACAGCUUUCAGGUGGGUUUCUUCCCCAGCGAGUGUGUGCAGCUGAUCACAGACAGUAAGAGCCCCUCUCCCACAGGAGAGGGGGAUGUAAAGUUGCCAAUCACACCUCCCCAUGGCUCCAACUCUCCCAGACCAGUCUGCAGGCGGCAUGGAAAGUUGGCCGGGCUAUUGCGCAGUUUCAUGGCGUCUCGACCCAGCAAGCAGCGCCUAAGGCAACGUGGAAUCCUGAGAGAGAGGGUGUUUGGCACCGACCUGGGGGAGCACCUGCUGAAUUCUGGAGAGGAGGUUCCCAGGGUGCUGCUGUGCUGUACCCAGUUUAUAGAGAAGAAUGGAAUCGUGGAUGGGAUUUAUCGCUUGUCGGGGGUCUCUUCCAACAUCCAGAAACUUAGGCACGAGUUUGAUAGUGAGCGGACCCCGGAUCUCUCUCGGGAGACAUUCCUGCAGGACGUGCACUGUGUCAGCUCUUUGUGCAAACUUUACUUCCGUGAGCUCCCAAACCCGCUACUCACCUACCGCCUGUACCAGCCCUUCACUGAAGCCAUGUCAGCAGCCACCGAGGAGGACAAACUGAUCCGCGUUCAUGACCUUAUCCAGCAACUCCCACCCCCUCACUACCGGACACUCGAGUACUUGAUGAAGCAUUUGUCCCAAUUAAGCACCCACAGUAACCAUACAGGGAUGCAUGCUCGCAAUCUGGCCAUCAUUUGGGCUCCUAACCUGCUGCGGUCACGGGAUAUAGAGUCAGUGGGGACGUCAGGUGCAGACGCAUUCCGUGAGGUGCGUGUACAGUCAGUGCUGGUGGAGUUUCUGCUGUGCCACGUGGAGACCCUCUUCAGUGACACCUUUACUUCUAUAGGUCGUUGUGGCCCAAUUAGGCCUCGCUCCCUGUUGGGUGUCUGCCCAUCAGGGCGUCUUGUAAGCUUGCAGGAAGCCCAGGCACGAAGCCAGAGCCAAAGAGAAGCUGCUGAGAAGCUGGGUGCAGAGAAGUCAUCUCCAAGCAAGGUUGAGAGGGCACUGGAGAGCAGUGAAGAAAGGAAGGCUGCGCGUGGCAGAAAGAAAUCAGGAGGCGGCAGCAGCUGGAGAACGUUCUUUGCAAUUGGGAAAAACUCUUCUCACAAGAAGUCUCGUCCCGGUGGCAUGGAGAGAACAGCAGCCCACCCAAGAGUCUCAGACACGGUCACAUUGCGCUCGGCUAAAAGUGAGGAGUCUCUGUGCUCUCACACCAGUGGAACCGGAUUGCAGAGAUCCUCGCGUCUCCGCCGCCCCCGAUCUACAAGUGAGGGUCUCACCACCCGACUGCCACACUGUCGCUCUGUGGAGAGCCUGGGGCCUUCCUCCCCUUCCCCUCCCUGUGUGUCGUCUCCCCCAGCUUCAGCCCGGCCCCAGUCUGCUUGGAUUGAGGAAGACCUUGACCUCUCCCCUCCUCUUCCUGACACGGAUGGUUUGGGCUUUGACCCCCUAUCCUUUCGCCUCUCUUUCUCUGACCAUGAAGAAGUCAAGUCCCCAGUUAUAGUCAGGGCGGAGAUAACAAGUCCAACGGUGGCUAAAGCCCUCCCCCGAGGAGUGAGCCUGUCCCCCACAGCUGGCUGCUCCCCUUCUCCUACACACAGCCCCCCAGAGAGACUGGUUGCGGAUGGGCAAAGCCAGGGGCCCCGUGUCCUGUCCCCCCCACCCCAGAUGUUGUCCCUGUUGCUCCAGUCCUGCCAGCAGCAUCUCAGUGAUAACAGUGUGCGAGAGGUGAAAGGAAAACUGACUGGGGCCCCCGGCCAAGAAGAGCCGCACAAUAAUGUGUCUCCCCAGCAGUCUACGCAGCCUCCUUCGUUGUCUCUUUUGCGUCAGAUCCCCCCACCCCCUCCUCCUAAAGAUCCGGCGCGUCUCAUGGCUCUGAAGUUGGCAGAGAGUGCCCAGCGUGCCCUGCAGGCCUCCACAUCAACCGGCACAAUUCCAGCAAAGACGUCCCAGCGGCCUGCGCCCAUUAACCCACCCUCCUCGGCAUUCCGACGCUCUCUGUCCAUGGAGUGCAGUGAAACCACGGGGCCACGGGAGGGCAUUCUGUUCUCUGAUCUCCGCCCCCCUGCACUGAACACCAAUGAGAAAAGCAUUGGACAACAUCGACCCUUGAAACUCCCCACGCACAAUACUCUGGCCACCAGUUCCUCUCCAGCUGAUGUGAGGAAGCCCACACCUACAGGAAUCCCUCCUACUCGUGCUCCUCGUCUUCACACACGUUCAGGAAGCCUCCCCGUUCCUCCGAGCUUUUACCAACCCAGAAUUCGCCCUCCCCCAUACCGAUUCCCAGAGGAUGGUCCCAGGUUGCCUCAUCAGUUUUCAGCCCCACCUUGGACAGAACCAGAGGGUCUGUACUAUGAGAUUGUGGGAGAUCCUCCCCAUGUGGCUCCUCUUAAUACAUCUUAUGGCCUAAUCCAGCCACAGUGGCCUCAUGUGAGCUCAUCACAACCCCAUCCAGGGUUUGGGAACUGGUAUGGUGGCAGUCAUGGUACUAAUCCAGAAGUUGUGGCCUAUUCACGAUGGGACAGGGGUCUCCACCCACAGCUCCGUCCUUACAUGGUUGGAGGAGGAGUCCACUAUCAAUAUGUGAGGACACCAGAAAGUGGUUCUAAUGUUCUUCCGUUAGGGAAAAGAGAAGAACCAAUAUAUGUCAACCUUCCACUCAAGGUGGAACGAAGGGAGCAGCAUGAUGGAACUAAUGAUGUUGCUGGGUCGAAACCAGAGUUGCCCCAGAAACAACGCCCUACCAAUCCACCUAGCAUGGGAUAUCAUGAGAGCAUCAGAGGGGUAACACACGCACAAAGGCAAGUGAGACACCCACACUUACUGCGGAGGGAAGGGUCACUUGGCUAUUUCCGCCCUCCACCAUCUCAUAAAUCAAUGUGGGGGACGCAGCCUAAAUUUCCUGAGGGCAGAGAAAACCCAAUGUUUGCUUAUGAGGCUCCAACAGGAGCAGGACAGAGGAUGGGAUAUGUGCAACCUCAUUGCCUGCUCUCAGAGGAGGGGACAUUAUAUGGGAACCUGGAACAAAGAGGUGUCCAACAUCGGUCAGCCACUCCAGUGGGACCACCUGGCUUCCUAAGAGCCCCAUGGACAGUUCACUCAGAAGGACAGACACGGAGUUAUUGCUGACCAUGCAUAAUAUUGAACAGGAAUAAGUGAAUUAUAUCGCUUGUAGGUCAUUGUGACCCUCAAACACUGGCCAAGGGCCACCUGUUUCUCUGGUUAUCUGUUAUACCUGUUGCAGAGUUAUCUUAGUGGUGGAUACAGGGAUAACUGGCGCUUCUCCUUAUUGAUUUGCGCUCAAUCAAACAGUUGUUUGGUGAUGUGUAACCAUGGAGGCCGAGGCAUUACAAAUAUUUACAUAUUCCUUUACUUCCCUGUCUGCUGUGCUUCAAAGAGUCUUCAACUUACCAGGCAUUAGUGGCUGCCGGCUAAUGGUCUAUAAAUAGGAUAGUGUCCUUACUAGGGGUGUUAAAUAAAAUGAAAGCCAGGGUGUAAUGAAAUAGCCACUAUGAGAGCCACUAGACUUACACCAGGCCUAGAAAUAUCCUGGUCAAACCUGGAAGCUUUAUACUUCAGCAAUGUCAAGUGGAGGGUAAUCAUAGUGUAGGAGUACACUGUCCACUUCUUAGGAAAGAAAUUAGGGGGUUUCCAGGAAAUCUGGGACAUCAACCUUAGUGGGACGGGAAAACUCAAGGUAAAGAAAAAAUAUGUAGAAAAUAUAAUAUUCUGUUUUCUCCCCAUUGGGCUGUAUUAAUACUUAGACCCAGGGUAAACUGGUCUUUGGUGGUCAAUACUGGUAACAGAAACUUGCCAUGCCCUGGUCAUAUAGAUCAAGUUAUACUCUUAGCAAAUAUUGCACGGCCGUAGAGAACCUUGGGCAAGAACUCAACUUCUGCAACUGAUACCCAGCACUUAGAUCAAACUAUUAUGUGGCAUACGUGCAACGUAUCAUCCCUUUACCCAACUGCUUCUAUUGCCUUUAAGUGCACUCUGUACCUUAAUGACAUUCGGCUCUUUCUAGUUGAAUAAUUGUGCUUCAAUGACAUUAGGAAGAGGAUUGCUGGCAGUUAGAGAUGCCAUUUAAUGUGUUGGUCUAAUUGCAAGGCAGAGAAAACCUCAGUGGUGUCUAAAAGUCUUCAAAUAAAUACUCGGUGCUGAAGUUCUGUUAAACAGAGACAGCCAAUGGCCGUGAUUUGGAUAAAGGCAUAUGCCCUAAAAUUCACAAGCAGGCGGGGAUAUCUUCCCUGGAUUUCCUAACAUAAAACAUUAAAGGAUAAGUAAACUUUUAAAAUAAGUGAAUGUAAAAUUGUUGAGAGUGCCUUUCUAAGCACUUUUGUCAUUUACAUUCAUUAAUUAUAUUGUUUUUAUUCCAAGAUAUUGAGGG